AUGAACCUUCUGGAUUACUACAUGGUGCCACCGCAGUGGGAGGAUGAACAUGCAAGGAUGAACACUGUUAACCGGUACAACCACCUUGAGUUCAAGGACAAGCUCCUGACCUAUUUUGUACAACUCAAGGGCAUAAGAAGGUCAGGUCACAGAGGAACGUCAUGUUUGAACUGGUGGGUGAACAUGGUGAUGUGGUUCUGCUCAGUCUCUAUCAACCCGUGGGUGUUGCUGUUUGAAAGGCAGGACACUUGCAAAGGCUUAGACGGCCAGAAUCUCUGGAUACGACUGGCACUCGAGGGAGAUGACUCCUUGGCUCGUGUCUGCAGAGCAUUUGGCAUAGUGUCCGAAAGCCGUCAUAAACCUUAA